AUGGGUGACUGGAGCUUUCUGGGGCGGCUGUUGGAGAAUGCUCAAGAACACUCCACUGUGAUUGGAAAGGUUUGGCUGACCGUCCUCUUCAUCUUCCGCAUCUUGGUGCUGGGCGCAGCAGCCGAGGAGGUUUGGGGCGACGAGCAGUCCGACUUUACUUGUAACACGCAGCAGCCCGGUUGCGAGAACGUCUGCUACGACGAGGCCUUUCCCAUCUCCCACAUCCGCUUCUGGGUGCUGCAGAUCAUCUUUGUCUCCACGCCCACCCUCAUCUACCUGGGCCAUGUGCUGCACAUCGUCCGCAUGGAGGAGAAGAGGCGGGAGAGGGAGGAGGAGCUCAGAAAGGCCGGGAGGCACCAGGAGGACCACGAUCCCCUCUAUCACAACGGAGCGAGAGGAGGUGGCGGGAAGAAGGAGAAGCCGCCGAUUCGCGACGAGCACGGGAAGAUCCGCAUCCGCGGGGCGUUGCUGAGGACCUACAUCUUCAACAUCAUCUUCAAGACUCUGUUUGAGGUGGGCUUCAUCCUGGGACAGUACUUCCUCUACGGCUUCCACCUGAGGCCGCUCUAUAAAUGUGGCCGCUGGCCCUGCCCCAAUACUGUGGACUGCUUCAUCUCCAGGCCCACUGAAAAGACAAUCUUCAUCAUCUUCAUGCUGGUGGUUGCCUGUGUCUCCCUGCUCCUCAACCUGCUGGAGAUCUACCACCUGGGCUGGAAGAAAGUCAAGCAGGGGGUCACCAAUGAGUUCGCCCCCGGCGGUGAGUCGCCGCUGCCGAAUGGGGACAAGCCUGGGGACGCGGAGACGAUCCCUGAGCAGACCUCUCCGCCAGCGCUGGACUGUUUGCCGGCGUACGUGACCGUGGUGGGGGUUGGGGCAGAAGAGGGAGGAGCCUACACUCCGACUGUAUCCCCCCCAGCAGUGAUGUCCUUAAAUGCCGCCUCUAUGCCCGCCAGAUUCAAGAUGGAUGCCCCGUUGUUCCACACAGAUGACUACCUGUUCGAGGCGCUGCCCACUUCUUUUUACGGUGAGAAAGAGGCGGUGGAUGAGGCGGUGGAUGAGGAAAACACGUCACCUUCUAUGGCCCCCCAUGACGACUUCACCGUGGUUACCAGGGCGGAGAUGCAUCCGCCUCCUGCUUCCGCCGCGAGAGAAGUCCUGAAGCCAAGUCGGCCCAGCAAGAGCGGUGGCACCCGAGCUCGCCCCGACGACCUGGCGGUGUAG